AUGAUGAAGUUCAGUAUACAUAUUCAGGGCUUUAGCCAGAAGUUCAGUAGAGACACCACUAGCAAAAAUAUAAAGAGAAUGGGAAAAUUUGAUGAAGCCGCCUUCGAGAAUACCUGCAAUUGGAGAUUCCUACAUGCAGUAGCUGAGAUCAAGGCUAUGAAGAUCUGUUUCCAGUGGCACCCAUUUGAAGUUAUUCCAAUUGAAGGUAAGCAUCAGGAAGUGAUGGAUAAGGACGAGGAAGUAUUGUGCAAUCUUAAGGAUGAAUGGGGGAUGAAUUCACAGUGCAGUUGCGAAAGCCUCGAAGGAGCUUAA